AUGUGUGACUGCGCUGAAACCUUUCGUAGGAAGAGCUGUCCGCGGCCUGGUGGCGAGGAACCGGAUUCAAGAUCAUCUCCUGACCGUCCCGACCGCAACAAGGCAGUGCUAUUAGCAUUUUCGGCGCUGUUAUGCGGCCUAUUUGGUUUUAUGCUAUAUUCACUUGACCGUCGCACCAUCAAGAAAAUACUCACAAUGCUGGGUCUCGGAUUUCUGAUUGCACAGCCAACCAAAUCAGAACCCCAUAAACCGUGUAUUCCUCGACCUAAUCCAUGUCUUAAGAGACCGGAUCCCUCUGAACCUAAAGUGGUCUCUGACAGUCCUGUACCCAAGACCUGUAAGUGCAGAGAAAAGAAACCAUCGACCUGCGACGCGCCACCGUCGCCGCCACCGUCCUGUUUGCCCCCGCCGCCACCUCCAGAGAAAAAGUGUCAAUGUUGUCCUAAUUCCUGA